AUGGGACCUCCUCAACCCAAUCUCAGUUCCAGUCGGAAUGCCAACGCGUCCGCUGAUUCCUCUAACAAUCCAUCAGCCACUUCAUCCCCGGGUCUCAAGGAUUCCGUGGACUCUCCUCUCGAUGAAAGCCCCAAUGCACUAGAUCAGCCUGCAGAGGAUAUUUUGCCCAGAGAUCAACAGCAGAAAACAGCCACCUAUGACUAUGCCUACGAAAAGUCCAUGAGCCACGCCGAGGCAAGACUCUUCUAUCAACAUCAUCAGCUAGCCGCGCGGAACGACAUCACCCAACCUUUGAGCCCAGUGGUGCCAGCCCGCUCAGUCGAAUCACAACCCGAAGAGCCACCGGUUAACCUUUCGGAUCCGAUGCAUACUCAAGGCCAGCUCUCUCGCGAGGGAUCUAUGGUCUUUGAAUCCGAACCCUCGACACUACGCUUGCAAUCUGCCAGUGAGCCCGAUCUCUCUGCGUCUCAUUACCUCGCAGACGACCAAGAUGAGGCGAACGAUUCUGCCCGAAACCAGGCGGUGCUUCUAGGUGCUGUCCAUGGACAGGGACCAUACACGGCGGCGGCGGAGAGUCUGCAAAGCGCCGGUGUGGGGAUCGGAGGCCCCCAGGUUGCUAGCGGAUUUGCGUCUAGCAAUGAUGCGGUGACAUCUGAGCUGAAUGCUAUCUACUGCAAGAUCAAGAAACUACUUGAUCGGCGAUCUCAGUACAUGGAGCUUUCUUUGCAGGGACCCGGAAAUGAUCCUAAGGACCAACCUGACUGGGAGAUCUAUCCUCCGCCUCCAGAACCAGCGUGGGAUGAUGGCAAAGAAUAUCAACCCGGCAACCUUGGUGACCCAUCUGAUCUCGCAGGAAAGAAGAGGAAGAUGGGCCAAGACAUUGGGGAGGAUUUCGACAUGGAAGAAUUGAUGCCUCUACCCAAAGAAUCACCCUGGACGUAUAGGUUGGAUGGCAACAGCGUAUAUCAGGUCUUUGAUUCUGAGGCUGCUGCUGACCAGCAGACACCUAUUGUCCAGAUCCCCUCAUUGCGCGAUUUCUAUAUGGAUCUGGACGCCGUUGUGGAUGUGUCGACCGACGGACCUGCUAAGAGCUUUGCGUUCAAGCGGCUGUCGUACUUGGAGGGCAAGUUCCAAUUGUAUACGCUGCUCAAUGAAUACCAGGAGAUGGCCGACAGCAAGAAGGUUCCUCACAGGGACUUCUACAACGUGCGCAAAGUCGAUACCCACGUUCACCAUUCGGCGUGCAUGAACCAGAAACAUCUUCUUCGAUUCAUCAAGAGCAAAAUGAGAAAGUCCCCGGACGAAGUUGUUCUUUUCCGAGACGGAAAACAUCUGACCUUGAGGGAGGUCUUUGAAAGUAUCAAUUUGACUGCUUAUGACCUGAGCAUUGAUACUUUGGAUAUGCACGCACACACCGACUCUUUCCACCGAUUUGACAAAUUCAAUUUGAAGUAUAAUCCGGUUGGAGAAUCCCGACUGCGUGAAAUUUUCCUCAAAACAGACAAUUACAUCAAAGGUCGCUACCUCGCAGAGAUUACCAAGGAAGUGAUCUCAGACUUGGAAUCUAGCAAAUACCAAAUGGUGGAAUGGCGAAUCUCGAUCUACGGUCGUUCCCUUCAGGAAUGGGACAAGCUUGCGGCCUGGGUAGUGGACAACAAGUUGUUCUCGCCUAAUGUUCGCUGGCUCAUUCAAGUGCCUCGUCUCUACGAUGUCUACAAAGCAAGCGGCAUGAUGGAGAACUAUGAACAAGUCAUCACCAAUGUCUUCCAACCGCUGUUUGAAGUGACCAAAGAUCCUUCUAGUCAUCCCAAACUCCACAUCUUCCUCCAGCGAGUGGUUGGAUUUGACAGUGUGGAUGACGAAAGCAAGCCCGAGCGCCGGCUAUACAGAAAGUAUCCCAUCCCCCGGGAGUGGAGCACCAAGCAGAAUCCGCCUUACACUUACUGGUUAUACUUCAUGUUCGCCAACAUCGCUUCCCUCAAUAACUGGCGGAAACGCCGAGGAUUCAACACGUUUGUUCUACGCCCUCAUUGCGGAGAGGCAGGCGACCCGGAUCAUCUGGCUGUCGGCUUCCUCUGCUGCCACAGCAUCAGUCAUGGUAUCUUGCUGCGCAAGGUACCUCUCCUGCAAUACCUUUACUAUCUGGAUCAGAUCGGCAUUGCCAUGUCACCACUCAGUAACAACGCUUUGUUCCUCACAUACGAUAAGAACCCAUGUGCUACCUUCUUCAAGCGAGGACUCAAUGUGUCUUUGUCCACCGAUGAUCCAUUGCAGUUUGCGUUCACAAAGGAGCCCCUCAUCGAGGAAUACUCAGUCGCAGCGCAGAUCUACAAAUUCAGCGCAGUCGACAUGUGCGAACUUGCUAAACAUUCAGUCGACCAAAGUGGAUUUGAGCUUUCCCUUAAAGAAAGAUGGCUUGGCUCGAAUUGUUCCAUACCUGGAACCGCUGGCAAUAAUGUUGCAAAGAGCAAUGUACCGGAUAUUCGUGAGGCAUUCCGACAUGAUACUUUGCUUGGAGAAUUGUCCUUGAUUGAGCGGUAUGCCGAGGACAAUGGUACCGGAGAGCGGAAGAGCUUGGCUCCAGGUCCACCAGGGGAAGCGGCGUCCUCGAAUCAUGAUCACCAUACACCUAACCUCGAGUCGCAAUCUGAGCUGGAGUCAAGUGCAGCUGACACUACAGAUGCCUCACCCAGUGAGGUCCAUAGUACAAACCAGAUGACUACCUCCGCAUCGACUCCAUCGACAUAUCUAGCUCGAUCACCUCGCCUUGGAACAGGUGAGUUCUCGUCUCCCGGUGGCAACCCUGCCCUCGGAACAGGAGUUGGGGGAGCAGACGGUCUGCCAGAGCAGAAAAUUUUCCCGGGUAUCGUUCAUGAGAGGGCUCGAAAGGGAAAUAUGCAAUAG